GUUUUUAUUUAAAAAAAACAUUAAAUAUAUUUUUAAUUAAAAUGAGCGAGAUAAACUAGUUAUUUAUUGAUAGUUCUAUGAAAGAAUAUAAAGGUGUGGCACAUGUGUAAUAUUAGUUACCGAAAAAUCGCGGUAAUAAUGACGAAACAAAUUACAACAGUAUUAAUUGACCUCAGUGGGACGUUGCAUAUCGAUAACGCAAUUAUUCCAGGCGCUGUGCAAGCAUUAAACAGGCUACGACAAGCCAACUUGUCGAUUAAAUUUGUCACAAACACUACCAAAGAAUCAAGUAACUGCUUGUAUGAGCGUCUGACAAAACUUGGAUUUGAUUUACGAAAGGAUGAAAUCUUCAGUUCUUUAGUAGCAGCAAGAAAGUUGAUUAUUUCUCGGCAGUUAAAGCCAAUGUUAUUAAUUGAUCCAGCAGCGAUGGAAGACUUUCAAGAUUUAGUAACAGAUGAUAUACCAAAUGCAGUGGUUGUUGGCUUAGCACCAAGCAAAUUCAACUAUGAUGAGCUAAAUAAAGCAUUCAGAUUGCUUUUGAAUGGUGCGUCACUCAUAGCUAUUCAUGAAGGUCGCUAUUAUAAGCGUCCUGAUGGCUUAGCUUUAGGUCCUGGUGCAUUUAUCAAAGGUUUAGAGUAUUCCAGCAAUGUGAAAGCGGAAGUUGUUGGCAAACCAACCAUAGAAUUUUUUAAAGCAGCUUUAGGAGAUGUAGAUCCAGCACAGGCUGUAAUGAUUGGAGAUGAUGUGAGAGAUGAUAUAGCUGGUGCACAAGUAGCUGGAAUCAGAGGUAUAUUAGUACAAACCGGUAAAUACAGAACAGGAGAUGAAAAGACGAUUACUCCAGAACCAAUACAAGUAUGUAGUUCUUUUGUAGAAGCUGUCGAGAGUAUUCUUAAUAAAAUAAUUUGAAUAUUUAUUUCAUAAAGUUAUUAAGGAAAUAAUAAUAAUAGCAUUUUUUAUUCAAAUAUAUUGCUACGCAAAUGCAAGGUGGAUGAAUAUAAUCUAUUCUGUG